AUGGCCGACGAUUCUUUCCUGCACCUCGCACGCCCGCUGGCUCCCGUCUCUGUGGGGACCGCUCCCACCACUGCCCCUCUGAAUGUGGUGAUCCAGCCCCAGGCUGUCUUCUCCAUUCUCGACCACUCACUUCGCCGCAAUGCCGACCAGGAACGUGUCAUUGGUACUCUGUUGGGAACACGAUCGGAAGAUGGAGGCGAGGUUGAAGUGCGCUCCGCGUUCGCUGUGGGCCACUCCGAGGCUGAGGACCAGGUCGAGGUCGAUAUGGAAUACCACAAGCAGAUGCUGGCUUUGCACUUGAAGGCCAACCCGCGCGAGGUUCUUGUCGGCUGGUACGCCACUGCUUCUGAGCUUAACACUUUCUCCGCCUUGAUCCAGAACUUCUACAGUGGUCAGGGUGAUGGCACAUGGCCCCACCCCGCCGUGCACUUGACUGUGUCAACCGAGCCCGGCAAGGAUCUUGAGACUCGCGCCUACAUCUCCGCUCCCGUUGGUGUCACCGCUGAGCGGGCCGCCGACAGCGCCGCUUUCAUCCCCGUCCCCUACGAACUCCGAUACGGUGAGGCCGACAAGAGCGGUCUCGAGGCCAUUGCCAAUGCUAAGGAAUCUGAGGAGCGAACCACUUCCCUCGCCACCGAUGUUGAAGCUUUGGAGCGUGCUAUUGAGGAGGUUAUCAGCAUGAUUGACCGCGUCUCACGAUAUGUCGAAUCCGUUAUUGACGAGGAGGCUCCUGCUUCCACUGCUAUGGGCCAGUUCUUGCUGAAUGCUCUUGCUCUCGCCCCCAAGGUUGAGCCUGCUGAUAUUGAGCGUGACUUCAACAACCACAUCCAGGACGUUCUCGUGGUUUCCUACCUUGCCAACACCGUCCGCACACAGAUGGAGCUGUCUAACCGGCUCGCAACCGCCCAGUUGACACUGGGUGGUGGUGAGUCUGCCAAUGCUGGCGGCGAGGGCCAGCGUAACAACAACAGCAACAACAGCAACAACAACAACAACAACAACAACCAGCGCGGUGGCAAGGGUGGUCGCAACAACAACACCAACAACAACAACCAACGCCAGGACCGUGCUCCUACCGAGGAGGCCCGCGCAUAA